AUGAUUGAUAUUUUCGCCGCCUUGAAUUAUACGGAGGAAAAGCAGGUGAAUUUUACUGUAUUUCAAUUCGAGAGACCAGGUAGAACCUGGUGGAAUAUAAUUAGAACUAAAUGGGAGAGAGAGUGGACAGUAUGGACUUGGUUGAACUUUGUGCGAGAGUUUAAUAAGAAAUAUCUUCCACCAAUAGUCCAGGAGAAAAGGAAUGACGAUUUCAUUAAACUACGUCAAGGAGGCUUAAGUGCAUCUGAGUAUGAAACUCAGUUCACCAAGUUAUCAAAAUUUGCUCCUAAAUUGAUAGUUAUGGAGCAAAGGAGGGUGAGGAGGUUUGUGCAAGGGUUGAACGUAGAGAUACAAGAGGCUUUAGCAGCGGCACAAAUUAAUACUUUCACGGAGGUUCUUGAGAAAACCCAGAGGAUAGAGAUUGCAAGGGCACAAGUGAACACUUUUCAUGCAAGAAAGAAAGGUGCAUCUAGUGGAGACCAAGGGCAAGAACAAGGUGGUCAAGGUAUGCCACCUCGUAAAGUGAGUCGAGGAGCUGGUGGUGUGAAAAUUUCAGGGACAUCUACGGAAGUUAUUUCGAGAGGAGUCCCAGGGGGAAAAGAACAACUGAGAGGUGCCUCACAAGGAGAUCAAACAUCAAUCCUUUAUGGAUAUUGUGGAAAGACCAACCAUACUGAGGAUAAUUGUUGGCGAAAGGCACUGAAAUGUUUAUGGUGUGGUAGUGCUGAGGGCCAGAUUGCAACCUGUCCCCUCAGUUUGAACCCUAAACAACCAAAUGUAGGAGGAAAUAAAUUCAUAGUGCCUGCCAGAGCAUAUACCUUAAACCACCAGCCAGUGCUUAACCCGUCUAAAGUGGUAGAAGGUAAGAUUCGUGUUUUCCAUUGUCUAGCUAAAUUUUGGCUAAUGAUGAGAUCGGGGAACUAG